CCAGAUAAACCCUGCAAUAAGAGAUUCUCACAACUUAUCUUCAACAGAUUAAAAGCUAUUAUUUUUGUGUGUACAGAAUAAACUUGGAGACAUAAACGGAGACAUGGGACAGAACAAAGUGUCCACAGAGUGUGGAGACUGAGUGCAGCAACACCUGACUCUGAAGGAGGACUCUCACACUGGUGAUGGGUUGGUACCCCACUUAAUGAUGUCUAGGGACUGGCCCACAUUUCCCAAGACGGUGAGCUGGAAGGACUACAUUCCUAAUGAUCUUGUAAUCAUUCCCAUCAGACCAGGGAAUUUUAAAGGUUAUAUCAUAGAAGUGAGCUUCAGUUCAUCAUGGAAUAUAAUUCACCUUUGGUCAAACAAAACCGUCUUCAAAUCUUCAAAGGAGUCAAAAGAUCAGUGACUUUUUCUAUGGGACAGAAUUUCACCAAUAAGCCUGUGGUCAAACGUAGAGGAAAUGAAGACAAGAAAGUUGCUAGACAUGCCAGUUUCCUGGGAAUAGGCCGCUCAAAAGUUCCUAUGACCAGAAAAGACCCCUUCCAGUUGGAUAAUCAUGUUCAAUUGGAGCACGUCACAUGCAACAGUAAAUCUACUCCUGUCCUAAGAAGUCAUUCGUUUGGGGGCAGUCUGGCCAUGAAGGCCCACCAUGACAUGCAGCAUACACCCUCAGGGGCACCUGUCCUAGGGGAGACACUCCGGGCCCGGGGACAUUGGACCCUCCAUAAAAAUCCACCCACCUCCAAGUCAAAUGUUGGCAUUAACUUCAGGAAGUCACCAAAGAUGCCAAAAGUUCCAAGACCGAACCGGACACUUCUGAUGUUUGAGAGUGUCAAAAAUGGAAUAAGGGAGUUUAUUCAGGCCACCAGAGAUGAUAUCGAGGCUCUGCACUCUAGGACUGUUGACCAAACCACCACUUCACAAGGAAGGUUAAUGGAAACCGAUAAGCAAAUCAAAGCUGCUGAGAGAUACCUGAAGAGAUUAGAAUUUCACCUGGCAAAGAUAGAAGAACUCCAUGAUCAUUACCUCGUUCAACAACAGAUGAGAGAAGGCACCAGGACUAUGCAGAGAGCUUUCAUAGUGUCUCCUCAUCGCAAGAAAGACUCGAUGGAGAGAGUUCGAUAUGGACUUAAAGAAUGCUCACAGACUAUGUGCUCCAUAGAGGCACAGCUGGAGGCCAUGAUGGGGACUUUCUCAUGUAAACUCAAAGGCAUGGCUGGAUUUGCCAGACUCUGUCCAGGAGAUGUUUUUGAGAUUGUUCUCAAACAUGGCACACAGAAGUGGAAGUCAAAAGGCCGAAUAGAGAAGAAUGGGUCACAAAGAUGGGAUAAUCAUGAGUACAAGUUCAAAGCCGUCAUUGGGGAUGUGUUCAAUAUUAAGGGCAUUGAGUUGAGGCUGCUGAAGUCAGUGACUCUGGGACAGAAGAAAUGUGAAACCAAGGAUUUGUUUUCUGCCAACCCUCAACUAAUGACAGUCAGCAUUAACACAAACGGCUCACUCAAACUCAGUGUUGUCAUCAUCUGGAAUCCUCUUGAUGGUGUGGAGGAGACAAUGCCAUAUUUUGAUGUUCCUCUUCGACAGCCAAACACACCUAGGAGGCGGCCUGUGUCUGUGAUGGCUCUCAAUGGAGAACUGACACAGAGUGAUUUUCUGGGACCAGGAAGAAGAUUCUCGAACCCUGUCGGUCUGACACAAACAAAAGACGAUAACUUUAUUCUCCGAGUUUCAGCUCCAUCUAGCACAUAUUCCUCACCCCAUCACCAAGGAAAUCAUCUAUCAAAUCAAUCAAAUGCCAUGUACUUGCCAGGUGGUGCUUCCCCACAAUUCACGACUGCUCAUUCUCCUCCCGUGACUUCAAGGACCGUUGAUUCGAGGCAGCAGAUUCCACAGAGAUACACUGUGUCACAACCGAACUUAAACUCGGGGCUGGGGGCCUCCCCUACCCCCAACAGAAUUCCGCAAUUUCUGUCUAGUGGAUCUAAUGAUACUUAUGGAAAUAUGCAUUUUAAUGUGGCCAUGGGUCACGGCAUCACACUGACUAAGGAUGAACCUGUGCACAUUGAGGAUGCUCUGAACAGUUUAAGUGCUAGUCUGGAGGAUUAUCAUGGACAGUACAGAGAACUGGAGAAGCUAGAAGAUGUGGUGGUCAUGUUGGAGCAGGUGCUAAGAAAAGAAUCAAGGUGCAGUUCCCGGUCAGGCAGUAUAGGUGUGUCGGUUCAAGAUGCCCUUGGUGCUUUCGAUUUCUUAGAUACUGAGGAGACUGAGGAAGGGGAGACAAAUCAUGAGUCUACAGUUUUUGACAAUGUGAUGUCUAGCCCUGAGUCUACAGCUAAAACGGCAGACUCUGGAAUCGAGUCUCUGGCCAAGAGGUUGUCUGAGGAUACAAACUUGGGCUCCAGCGAAGGCUCAAGUCCUCUUCCUCCCAGCACAGGAAAUGAACAGGUGGACCAAGCACUGGUGUUUCACCUGGUUUACUGUGAAAGGCUUCUGGAGAGUUUGGGAAGUUUUGGACCCUUAAAAUGCAGAGAAAUUUAUGCAUUGGAUAGACUACAAAAACAAGCAGACAUUAUAGAACACCUAAUAAAGAUUUCACACUCAUCUGAUGUAGAUCUCCAUGCCAUUAUGACAGAGCUCAGUGAGGACAAGAGUUUACGAGAAUUCUGGGUGAGAUGCACAGACACCAAUAUUCUCUAUAUUCACCCAGAGAAACUUGUUUGUGCCUUUGAACAAAAGUACGGAGCACAGCUUCAAAGUAAAUAUAGCAGGGAUCCAAGAAAAGUCUUAAGACACUUGGUGAUGAGGAUCCUGGACGUUCCUAGCUACGAACCAGAAAAGGUCAAGGCCACUUGUAUAGUCACUCUUCACCAGUUUCUGCAGUACUUCAAAGAUGAGGGUGGUCUACAGAAUGUGGAUGCUGUGGCAGCAGAAUUACAAAUGAUAGAAAGGCUGUGCUCUGGAAAGUCUGAGAGUAUAAUUAAGAGUGUGAUGUCCCUAAACAACACCCUUCCCCCCUCCCCGUGCCUCAAAGUGAUGGGGGCUCUAUUGAUCAGUGGCAGCCAUGAAGUGGCCAGGACAAUAGAGUCCUUCUUAGAGGCCAUUGCAAAAACACAAGAACCAAGGGACAAGGCGUUGCUGGUGUUUAUUGAGGGUUUAGAAGACAAAACCCCCGAGAUCAGAGCAGGGGCUUGUGAAGCUCUGGGAAAACUCGAGGCAUCAGAAAGCAUUGACCGAUUGUCCUACCUAUGUCAGACUGACAGCUCCACUGUAGUCAGGGUCAGGUCCAAACAGGCACUGUUCUGUUUUGGUAAUGUGGGAAGACAAGCUUUUGAGGAGAUUCAACUGUCCACUCACGGUUUUCAAGGACUGCAGGUCAGAAAGUAGGACAGUUUGUAAACUGAAGACACAAAGAACAUUACCCCCCCACCACCACCACCACCACCAACUGUGUGAUCUUUAAACAGCGGUAAUGAAAAAUCAGUUCAUUUGGAAAGAGAGUGUGUGUUUAUACUACUGUCAUCAAAGAUAUAAUUCCAUGGUCACAAAGAUUCAUUUAUUCAGCCAACAUACAGAUAACUUAUUAGUUAGCACUCUGCAGAAACUCGUGAACUUGCCAACCAUUCCAAAUAGAUAUGAAAUGAUAUACAUAUGUAUAUACGUAUAAAUAUGACAAAUGCUUGAUAUUGCAAUGGGAUAUGUUACAGUAUUUUGUAAAAGUUUGUGCCUUGGUUUGUUUUUUUGUUGACAUACAGUCUGACAAAACUUGAAGCAUAAUUAAGGUGCUUGCAGUUUGACCGUUUCUACAACUGGAAUUGUAUGGUUACAUGUAAAUGUACUGAGAGUAUACCUUAACAUUUCUAAUUCAGCGCUUCUUCAAAUCCAGCAUUAUUUAUCACUGUAGACUGAUGUAAAGUGAUUAUAUUUUGUGCCAAAAUUGUCACAUACAUGUUAUGUACCUGCACCGCUUGUAAUGGUCAUUCAGUGUAGACAGUUCCGUGUUACAGUGUAGGUUUUGUACUUUAUACAGCAGACUUUGAUAUUGGAGAUUAUUUGUAUCGUUAACUUUCACUAUGAUAAUGUAUAUUGUACCUAUGUUCCUUCUUACCAAAGAUAAAUUGCUGUCAAAUGAUAUUAUUAUUGAUUAAGUGCAAUACUUCAUUGCAAGUUGUGUACAUAUUAACUGCCUCCCAAGUCGUUUUUGAUUACCAAGAAAGUUCUAAGGUUUGCGCUGAUAAACUCAGUCCAUUAUUCUAAUGCACAAUCUUCUUCAUUUGUCAUACAGUGCAACCUGUGUUUUAAAUGGUCAUUAUCUGCUAGAUUUCAUAUCUAUAUAUGCGUUAUACAAAUUGUUUGUUUAUCAUGUUAACCUAGUCAAAUUAUACAUUGUGUACGACAUUAAAAAUGGUUAUACUGUAUAAAA